AUGCUCCCAAUCAAUGAGUACUUCUCUAAUAGACCCACGUCGACUAUAAGAAAAGAAUCAUGGGUGAACCACAGCAGACCACAUCAAGCUCGGGAGACGCUGAGGGUCAUGAUGGAGGUCCAGAAGAGACAGAGGCUAGAAACAGCUGAGCGCUUUCAGAAGCACCUGGAGAGAGUUGUGGAGAUGAUCCAGGGCUGCCUUGCCUCGCUGCCUGACGACUUACCACAAAUUGAUGGAUCAGAAAACACUGGGGAUACUCGACACAACUUGAUGCACUUGAAUUUCUAUGUAUUCUACUCACACCCGUGGAGCAACCGAUUCUGGACAGCUAUCAGCAUGGAUCUGCUCGAAUGCCCGCUCUGCUGUUUCCUGAUGUGCGAGCCGGUCACUGUGCCUUGUGGUCACACGUUUUGCCGGAGAUGCAUCAGUUAUCUCCCGUCCAAAUGCCCCAAGUGCGAGGAGACUCUGAAACCGAGAGACGUGAACGCGACGAAAAACAACGUGCUGCUGAUCAGUGCGGUGGAAAAGUGUUGUCCCAAAGAGGUGAAGACCAGACACCGCAUCCAGGAGAAGAUGAAAGCUGGUCACUUCAUGGAGGCUUUACGCAUCAUCGAUGACGGCCUCGACUUGGUCCCAGAAGACCCCAGUCUUAAGUUGUACAGAGCUGAAGCCAACGUGGGCCUUUUACAACUACCAGAAGCACUGCACGACCUCGACUACCUUAGCGGCCUCCGACCCCACUGGACUGAGGGGCAGUUUUGUAAAGGGAAUGUACUGCUGGAAAUGGGUCGACAGACACAAGCGCUUUUCCACUUUCACCGAUGCCUAAAAAUCCAAGCCGACUUCCUCCCUGCAAAGAGCCAGAUAAAAAAGAUCCUGGAGGCCGAGGGUGUGUUGGUGCCGGAGGAGAUGCCCGCUUUCCUGCAGGUCGUGUCUGAGUUUUUGAAAGAGCCGUUUUCCCUCAGCAGUAUGGAGCUGUCCGUCCACGAGCCCCCAAGAGGUGCGGAGGGCGAGGACGGGUCAUAUCCUCUGCAGGUGGACGAGGAUGUUGGGGAGGCCAGCGUCACCGCGAGCCCAGCUGCAGCAGACGAAGAGCAGAUGAGAGGGAUCGAGCCGUGCACAGCCAAAUGCAGCGCGAGCCGAGAAAACACCCUGAGCCUCCUCGAUGUCGGCGAUGUUGAGUGCCCACUCUGCAUCAGGUUGUUCUUUGAGCCCGUCACGACACCUUGUGGUCACACCUUCUGUAAAAACUGCCUGGAAAGAAGUUUGGACCACAACCUUCGCUGCCCGCUUUGCAAGCAGCCACUGCAGGAGUAUUUCAGAAGCAGGAAGUUCAAUGUGACAGCUGUGCUCCAGGACAUGUUGACACUCUUGUUCCCAUCCCAACUGGCAGAAAGGAAAGAAAUCCACAACCUAGGGAUGGCCGAGCUCUCAAACCUGACUAAGGACAUCCCGAUCUUUGUGUGCACGGUGGCGUACCCGGGGAUUGCCUGCCCCUUGCACAUCUUCGAGCCACGCUAUCGGCUCAUGAUGCGCCGCUGCAUAGAGACGGGAACAAAGAAGUUUGGCAUGUGCUCCUACCAGCAAGACACAGGGUUUUCUGAAUAUGGAUGCAUGCUGGAAAUUCUUCGUUCUGAGAUAUUACCUGACGGACGCUCAUAUGUGGAAACAAUGGGAGGAAAGCGGUUCAAAGUGUUGAGAAGAAGUCAAAGAGACGGAUACCACACUGCAGAUAUUGAGUACAUUGAAGACACAAAGGUUGAAGCGAGUGGUGAGCUAGAGCUGCUGCAGAGGAUGCAUGAUCAUACUUACACGCAGGCACAGAACUGGUGCGAGCGGCUGAGCCCACAGCUCCGAGCUCAGGUCAUCCGACAGUACGGGGAACUGCCCCAAAAGGAGGACGACAUUCAGGCUUCUCCCGAUGGUCCCAAGUGGUGCUGGUGGGUGCUGUCCGUCCUCCAGUUGGACCCUGCCUAUCAGACCACGACUCCCACUCACACAUCUAAACGGCACAAGCGGAUGGAGCCAUGA